AUUGCAAUCCUGGUUUUGGUACAAGCACUCACAAACUCAGAAGAUGCCAUCAAGCAGAAAAAGGUUAUAAACCCUGAGACAUCCAUGAAUGUAAGCCAAAUUAUCUGCCACAGAGGAUACCCCAGUGAAGAGUAUGAAGUCCUGACUCAUGAUGGCUACUACAUCAGCCUGAACAGAAUUCCCCACGGGAGAGAAAAUCCUAGGAAGAGAGGGGCCAAGCCGGCUGUGUUUCUCCAGCAUGGGUUACUUGGAGAAGGUAGCCACUGGGUGGAAAAUCUGGCUAACAACAGCCUUGGCUUCAUAUUAGCAGACUCCGGCUAUGACGUCUGGCUGGGAAACAGCCGGGGAACAAGCUCGUCCCAGAGACACCAGCACCUUUCAGCUAACCAGGCUGAAUUCUGGGAUUUCAGUUUUCAUGAAAUGGCAAUGUACGACCUCCCAGCUAUGAUCGACUUCAUUCUGCAGAAGACUGGUCUGAAGCAGAUCUACUACAUCGGCCACUCCCAGGGCUGCACAAUUGCAUUCAUCGCAUUUUCAUCCAUGCCAGAACUUGCUCAGAAAAUCAAAAUGUUUUUUGCCCUGGCUCCAGUUGUGACCAUCAAGCACGCCAGAAGUCCUGCAGUGAAAAUACUCCUUCUUUCAGAUAGGCAAUUCAGGAUAUUUCCGCUUCUGCUUGGCCGAAUGGAUGCCUCACUGCGGAUAAGGAAAUUGUGGAGGUUUCUCCCUCAGCUGUGCAGGCACCCAACGCUGCACAAGCCCUGUGCCAACAUCUUCUUUAUGCUGGGUGGCCACAAUGAGAAGAACCUCAACAUGACACGGCUGGAUGUGUACACAUCCCACUAUCCAGAUAGGACAUCCGUCAAAAACAUAAUACACUGGGCCCAGGUGAUAAAAUCAGGAGAAUUCAAAGCCUUUGACUAUGGCAGUAAAAAUCCAGCCAUCUACCACCAGGAGACACCUCCCUUUUACCCAGUGGAGAUGCCCGUGCCCACUGCAGUGUGGUCAGGGGGAGAGGACUGGGUGGCUGACUGGAGGGAUGUCCACCUACUGCUGUCCCGCAUUACCCACCUCAUCAUCUAUGACCACAUCCCUGACUGGAACCACUGGGAUUUCAUCUGGGGCUUGGAUGCCCCCAGGCGCCUCUACAACAGCAUCCUUGAGCUGAUGGAGGGGUCCCAGUAG